AUGGCUUGCGCCGCGGCGCGGUCCCCGGCCGACCAGGACAGGUUCAUUUGUAUUUAUCCUGCUUAUUUAAAUAACAAGAAGACCAUCGCGGAGGGGCGGCGAAUCCCCAUAAGUAAGGCUGUUGAAAAUCCUACAGCUACAGAGAUUCAAGAUGUAUGUGCAGCGGUUGGACUUAAUGUGUUUCUUGAGAAAAAUAAAAUGUACUCUAGAGAAUGGAAUCGUGAUCUUCAGUACAGGGGCAGAGUCCGGGUCCAGCUCAAACAGGAAGAUGGCAGCCUCUGUCUUGUACAGUUCCCAUCACGUAAGUCAGUAAUGUUGUAUGCUGCAGAAAUGAUACCUAAACUGAAAACAAGGACACAAAAAACAGGAGGUGGUGACCAAAGUCUUCAGCAAGGAGAGGGAAGUAAGAAAGGGAAAGGAAAGAAGAAAAAGUGA